UUUCGCUGCAACAGGUGAGGGCUCCAACAUCUCCAGACGUCCUCGCACCACAGUCCUGGAAGAGCUUUAAUCAUGGCCACAAACGUCCAAGAACACUUAUAUGAACAAAUCGAAGAGACGAACGAAAACAUAUAUGAGAGGCCGUAUGAGAACAUUAACAGCAACCCAGAGCCGAAAUAUGAGAAUCAAGGCACGAGUACAGACAUUCCAGAGGAACCGUUGUACAGCACGCUCAAUCAACCGUAUCCAGACUACAUAAAUACGAGAGGAACAUCUCAAGAGGAAGAAGAACAGCCUUCACCAUCCAGUGAACCAGGAGAGCAGCUCGAAAGCGAGAUCAUGGUGGCGUCUCUGUCGAAUGGAGAUGUUAACGGGUCGUCAUUUUUAGAGGAAACUGGAGACCCUUGUGAUGACCAGCCCUCACUGGUCCACGAAGACCUGCUCAUGGCUUACAGUCUCCCAGAGAACGGAUCACCAGAACCCGAGGAGGUAGUUGACUACAGCCUGAAGGACGUGGAGAACAGCACCGUGGAAGAGACAGCUGCAGGUCCCGACCCGAAUCAGCCCGAUAUUGCGCUUUUUGUCAAGGCUGGUUGUGAUGGCGAGAGCAUUGGAAACUGUCCUUUCUCCCAACGCCUCUUCAUGAUCCUCUGGCUCAAAGGUGUGGUCUUUAACGUCACCACUGUCGACCUGAAGAGGAAACCAGCUGAUUUGCACAAUUUGGCUCCAGGCACUCACCCUCCUUUCCUGACCUUCAACGGUGAGUUGAAGACAGACAUUAACAAGAUCGAGGAGUUUCUGGAGGAGGUUUUGGCACCACCAAAGUACCCCAAACUUGCAGCCAGGCACAGGGAGUCAAACACAGCUGGGAAUGACAUAUUUGCAAAGUUCUCAGCUUUCAUAAAAAACACUAAGCCAGAUGUGAAUGAAGCUCUGCAGAAGGGUUUGACAAAGGCACUCAAGAAGCUGGACGACUACCUAAACAGUCCCUUGCCUGAUGAGGUAGAUGCCGACAGCAUGGAGGAUGAGAAGGCCUCCAACCGCAAGUUCCUGGACGGGAAUGAGCUGACUCUGGCAGACUGCAACCUGCUGCCAAAGCUCCACAUAGUGAAGGUCGUUGCCAAGAAAUAUCGGAACUAUGACAUUCCCAACGAUUUGACAGGUGUGUGGCGUUACCUGAACAAUGCGCAUGAGCAAGAAGAGUUCACCAACACCUGUGCCGCCGACAACGAGAUCGAAUUAGCAUAUAAGGCUGUGGCUAAGAGGCUAACUAAAUAAACAGACGAACACAUUUGACACAAAUAGACUUGGGGUAGAUCUUUUCUUGGGGAAGAGAUGAUGUUUUCCAUGUAAUUCCAUGUAAAGCUGUUGAUCCCAAACUACAAGGUAGUAGAUUCAUUCAUCCAGGGUACUGAUAAUCAAUCAUACGUUCAGUUAAGGACUGGUGCUCUGAUAUAAUUAUGAAACACCACAUUUGCCUGUCUACGAGUGCCGUGACUCAAAUGUGAAUCCAAAACAUCAGCCAAUCAAUCCUCACCAGCUCUCACUCAUCUGUUGCUCAUAUAAAUAUUGUCCCAAGCGACUUUACUAUUGUAUCUCUAUUUAAAGAGACUUCACAUCACUGUUUUCUGUUGUUCUUCCUGUUUUAUAAUAUUUAUCAUAUUAUGCACUGAUUCUUGAGACAUAGAACAAAAUGUCACAACUUUAAUUGCAUCAGAGUGAAUUAAAGAUUUGUGUCACUAAAAUAUUUACUAGAACACAUUUUCAAUUUUAUGUGAUUCAAAUGAAAUGGUACUGUACAUGCAGUAUGACAUUAUCAUUCACAACCUCUGAAACCACCUUCCCUCAGCCUGAAACUUAAUUCUUCAUAAAGAUUUAAAUAUAUAUUAAACUUAAGAAAAAUCUGAAAAAUAAAU